GCGGCAGCCCCAACCACACACAAACAACAGAAAGAGCGCAACAGCGACUGUUCUUCCCCCACCACGUUGUUUGUUUGUGGUGUUGUGACGGCUUGUGGUUUGGUUGGUUGAUCAAGGGUGCGAGAGCGCGAGUGAGUGGCGUGUGCAGCACGGACAUCUCGCGUGCGCGUGCAACUCCACGCCAUUUACACCACGACCACACCCACAUCUCAUCUGUACGUGCAUUCGGCCACAACAACCUCGACAACAAGCCUUGUUGCUGAGCCAUCGACAACAGAGUGGACUCGUGAGCCACGACCGCGUGCUUUCUACUAUCGCCGUUCAGCCCCCGAAGCUUCGGGUGCCACUGGCGAGUUGGAGCCCGCCUUGCGCGCAACUUGCAUGUCGACUAGCGUGCGUGCUGUGAGGAGCCAGCAACAAGUGUCGCCGACAACAACAACAACGUCCAUACGCCUGUGCGCCCCCUUCCCCUCCAACGGCGGGACACCGCUCACGUCGGACACCAGGGAAGCGCCGCGUCGAGAUUGCACGGUGACAUGCAGAUAUGAGCGAGGGACCGGCGCGUCGCAGUUCAAGGACGCCACGACCUCGCCGGUGGAGCUUGAUGAAGAGGAAGAUGGCGGUGACCUGCAGAUGACGUCGGCCGCCAUCCCGCACGUGUUGAAGGCCUUGAACAUCGCGCGAAAACAGCGACACCUUGUCGUGGCCCACGAUGGCAAAGCUUGGUUUGCGGCGACAGUGGUGAAAGUGGACGAGAAGAAGGGGCGCGUGCGUGUUCAUUUUAAAGGCUUCAAGAAGACGGCAGACCAGUGGAAGCCGCUCUCUCCUUCAGCCGUCCGGCUCCUCUCCAAUGAGAACGAAGAAAGCGUGCAGAUGGUUCCCGUGUACCGCAGCAUCGAUGUUGACCGCGUACACGGACGCCAGACUCUCGUCCCCAAGCGCUACACCACGGACAGCUCUCACCCGUCAUCAUCCCCAUCCCCAUCAUCAUCACCAUUGUCACCACCACCACCACCACCACCACCACCAUCAUCAUCAUCAUCAUCAUCAUCAUCAUCAUCAUCAUCAUCAUCAUCAUCAUCAUCAUCAUCAUCAUCAUCAUCAUCAUCAUCAUCAUCAUCAUCAUCAUCAUCAUCAUCAUCAAUAGCAACUGCAGCAACAUCGCCGCCGCCGCCGCCGCAAGUGCUUGCUGUUUGUGACAGGCCCCGCUGUAAACGCGCCAAAUCAACAGCGGCCUCACACACACGCACGAGGGAUGAGGAGCGACAGCGGCCGGCAGCAAGCAGUCGCCGUGGCAGCAAGGUCUCAACAGCCACCAACACAGCAACAACAGCAACAACAGCAGCCACACCGACCACGCAACGAGCGGUCCCGUCGCCGUCGCCUGUCGCCCCGACUGCAAGAAGGAGACGAAGAAGCACGUUCGCCAAGCCAACACCAACACCAACAACACAAGAAACGCCUGCACCAGCAGCAGCAGCAGCGACAACGACCCCAGCAUGCACAACAGUCGCCGCGGUGCCGCUGCUGUCCCGGCGGGCGUCUAGAAGCCUCGUGCCCGUGCCACUCAACCCAAUUCCAACACCCCAGCGAGCACGGCCGUCAAACCUCCGCCAGGCCAUUCGCGUUCCCGCGCGCAUGCUCGACGCCAUCUGUGACGCGCCGGGGCCACAGCAGCCGGCGCAGCAGCGUGGAUUGCCCGCCCCAGAGGCGACGGCAACAUCUCUCACAGGCGGCAAGGCCACCUCGCACAGGGCGACGACCACCAGCGCCAGGAACAGGAGAAGCAGCAGCAGCAGCAGCAGCAGCAGCAGCAGCAGCAGCAGCAGCGCAGGUGGCAGUGCAGCCAAGAGCACUCGUCACACCACCAGCACCACCAGCAGACGCAGCAGCGGCGCUGCUAACAAGACCACCAAGGGCGCGACUGGCUCCAGUUUCCGGUCAUCCUCAUCCUCCACACCCUCCCCCUCAUCCUCUUCUCGGCCGCCCAAGCGGGCGGUUGCCCAGCCCGGCAGCAAGAGCAGCAGCAGCAGCAGCAGCAGUACCAGUAACAGCAAGAGCAGCGGUAACAGUAACAGAAGCAGCAGCAAGCCGAAGCGCGACCACGCUUCCGCCAACGCUGGUGGUGGUUCUGAUGAGCGCUCCUUGAUGGUGUCCAAUCCGUUUCUCGCCAACGCCCGCGCCCGCGCCAAGCGUGCCCGCGACCAGUGUGCGUUCUGCCUGCUCGGCUGCCACGGUCUUCUCCGGCCCAUGUUUGCGGAUGCGUUUGGGCCCUACCGCCUCGAGGGCAGGAUGGCGCACGUGCACCACCCGUGCCUUGGCUGGGCCCCGAGCGUGCGGCCGAGCACAGAUGCGGACGGCAACACUGUCUACAAGAACGCCCGCCACGCCAUUGUUGCCUCGUUGGCAGUCAAGUGCACCUACUGCGGCGAGCCUGGUGCCAACAUCCCGUGUGCGUGCUCCUCCCUGUACGAGAGUGGGCCCAAGGGCCAGAAGCGCGGCAGUGGUGCAAGCGUGGAUUGCAUGCAGGUGUACCAUUACCCGUGCAUCACAGCAGCAAAGGCAGUGAUGCUGCCAAGCACGUUUCACGUGUUUUGUCGGCGCCACGCGUCUGUCGAGGACAUAAACGCUGUGCUUGCCGUCGACACCACCAACAUCCCCGCCGGCUUUGACCUGGCGCGCGAGCUGCAGUGUGCGUCGUGCUCGAAGAUGCAGGAGCACAAGGACAUGCUGCUGUGCAUGGCGUGUGCCCGUCGCUUUCAUCCGCGCUGCGCCGGCAUGCAGCCAAGCAGCCCCCUGUUUGCCGCCAACGAGGAGAGUGUGCGCACGUGCUGGCUGUGUGCCGACUGCACGACGUGCUCCCGGUGUGAUUCCACGGCCUCCGCUCGCUCGCGGGCGCGCAUGGCGUGUCGUGUGUGUGGGAAAGAGUUUCAUCCCGGCUGUGCCGGCCUGCCCAAGCGACCGCCAUCCUACUGCUGUGAGGACUGCCGCAGAUGCCUCGAUUGCCACCGCACGGCCAACGAGGUGUCUUCGUGGUCCGCCACCUUUGACUACUGCACGCCGUGCUCUCAACUACGCAAGCGUGGCAACGUGUGCCCUGUGUGCAAAGUCUCCUAUCGUGAUGACACCCCGGACAUGGUUCUCUGCGAGACGUGUGAUACGUGGGUGCACGCGGAGUGUGAGGGUCUGGAUGACGCUGGCCUCCGUCGCCUGGGCGCUACCGACGACCCCUACCACUGCUCCACCUGCCUCCUCAACGAGCAGCUUGCCGCCGUGCUGCCGUGCCUGUCGGGUACCAUGCCUGCCCGCCGGGUGGUGAAAGCGCUGCCACGGCCAACGCCCCCGCGCUACAGCGUCGAGCCAGACCUCAAGAUUGUCAGGCCCGUUACAGACCCGGAACAGCCGGCCCCAGCGCGCUUGUUGGAGGCGCUCAAGUUGCUUGCGGUGUUCCAACCCGUGUACUUUUCUGACCCCAGACUGGCAACCAUUGACAUGUGCACGCUGUGCCACUCGGCCGGUGUUGGCGGCGAUGACGACCUGAUGGUGUUUUGCGACACGUGCUGUGAGGCGUUUCACCUCGGCUGUCUCCUGGACACGGUUCCAACCACCUACCGCCACGCGUGGCACUACGACUUUUCAAAGUUCCGGUGCCCGCGAUGUCUGCAGUGCCAGUGCUGUGCGCGUGCGCUGGCGCCUGAUCUUGUGAUUGGCCGCAUCAUCAACAUGGACACGGCAGAGCACGUUGUGUGCAGUCGCUGCCAGACAAUUUGCCACACAGAAUGCAUCCCACCAAGCCAUCCGUCCAUGGACACUAAGCACUGGGUCUGCCCAGAGUGCAUCAAGUGUAGCAUGUGCCGUCGCUGGCAAGCAGCACGCAGCUCUGACUGGCGUUAUUGCAUGAACUGCACUCUUGCACAGGACACACAGCACUGCCCCGUGUGCAAGGACGAAUUUGAGAUCAAGCUGUCGUUGCAGUACAUUCUUCAGUGCAACGCGUGCAAAGGCCUUGUCCACGACCACUGCGACCCGCUCAUCAAAUCGCGCCGCACUCGCAAGAAGUACAUUGAGAAUGGGUACGAGUGUCCCACAUGCGUUUCGAAGGGCGCUGCGACACAGCCACCGAAUGAGCGCGCAGCGGCAGCGGCGAGCAGCGAUCAUGGUACGCGUGCUGGCACGGCCAUGAAUCAUCUCCACCACUACCACCACCACCAGCAGCAGCAGCAGCGGGAUGAAGAAGGCAACAGAAGGGAAGGGCGAGAGGAGAGGAACCACGACAAGGGCAAGAAGAAGGAGAGCAACACAGACGACAAGGCACUAGCAACAAACGGGACGCAGGAACAGCAGCAGCAGCAGACGAAGAACGAGAAGAAGAACGAGGGGAAGGCCACACCGAUUAGCACACGAAGCAAUGAUGAUAGGACCCCGCAGCCUGAAGGGGUGCCAGCACAGGCAAAUCAACAUGAUCAUGCUGAAAUGCAGGAGGGCACAGUUUCGAGUUGCAAACAGCGUGCCACGACAACAGCGCCGACAGACACAGCAACUCCGGUUGCCGCCGUCUCCUCCGUUGCGGCCAGCAGUGCUGCAACUGCAGCAACUGUAGCAAUUGCAUCAACAGCAACAGCAGCGGAAGCAGCACCAACCGUGCUCGACACGGCUGCGACUUUGCUCAACAGAGCUGCAAGUCCGAGAGCAACAGAAGCAACAGCUGCCGCCUCAAAGCCAGCACCGGCACUCACAUCUGCUGGGCGGAAAGUGACAGCGCCGACCGAAGCACCUCGUGCCAUGUCCACUUCAGACACGCUGACUCAGCCAAAGCCCGCUGUCUCGACGUCAGACGUGCAGCAACAGGCGAGCAAGGACACAGCGCCAACAUGCGGCAGCCACGUGGGCCUUGCAUCGUCAGCAUCCGUAUCACCAUGUGCACGACCUGGGGAGCAAGUUGUGACAAACCCAGGAGGGCAACGGCGCAAUGACAACAAGACCAAGACCCAGCCCAAGCGCAAGGACAAGCGCAAGGUCAAGGGCAAGAUCAAGACCAAGCCCCAGGACAAGCCCAGGGUCAAGGACAAGGUCACGUCCACGAACAAGAUCAGGGUUCAGGGAAAGAGGUUGCACCCGAUGGCUGCAGGCGAGGACGAGAAUUGCACGGCGCCGGCUCGCCAGAAGAAACCAAAGAUGAAGUCCAAGACGACAGCUGGCCGACCCCACCCCAGCCCACACUCGUUUGUGCAGAUGCCUGAGACGCACCAACAACAACAACAACAACAACAACAGCAGCAGCAGCAGCAGCAGCAGCAACAACAACAACAACGCGAGCAGCAAGCGUUGUUCAAUGGACCUGAUGCACGGCUUUCCAAGACGUUUCGCCUGUUUGCCAAGUUCUGCGAGUGGCAAUCCAACGUCCAAGCGUCUCCAACACCCGCCUUGCCGACGGCAUACUUGCCGCUUACAUCCGCCUCAUCGCCCCAGGUGUCGCUGCCUUUGCCAGCAUCCACGUCGGCAAUGUCACAGGCAUCCCUCAUGCCCGGGCCCCACCGCUUGGAACCGCACCCUGCGUUCACACUCGAACAACACCACCAACAACACCAGCACCACCAGCAGCCACUGCGUGGACCAUUUUCGCUGCCGGUCCCGGCUGUGUCCAUGUCGGCGUCUGCACUGCCGGUGCAGCAGGCGAACAGCAUGACCAAUGGCAUUCGCCGCCUGACUCAGGUGGGAGCUGCGUCUACAUUGCCGCCUUCAGCUGCUCAAUCGCCAGUUUCUGCCGUCGCCUGCUUCCCCCCACUGUCCCAGCGACAUGCACAACAACGCCAACAGCAGCAACAGCAACAGUGGCAGCAACAGCAACAGCAAUGGCAGCAGUGGCAACAGCAGCAGAUGUUGAUGGGAACGUCGACCCCUGCCGGCAAUGGAGGCACUUUUGGACACAAUUCUGGCACACCGCAGCCGCCUUCGGUGCCGCUCGUUUCGCCGCCACGACCAGUGGUCCUCCCCACACCACCGCACGCUUUUCGGCAAGCGGGCGCCGCGUCCUUCUCGCCGCCACGCACACCGUCCUCUGGUGCGGCGGCUGUUAGCGUGCCCAGCACACUUCCGCCCGCCCUCAUGCCGUCGUUACAGACACAACGCGCACUGCAACAGCAGCAGCAGCAGCAGCAGCAACAACAGCAGCUUCUGAACUGUUUUGGAAUGACAUACCAACCCCCACAUGAGGCAGCGGCAGUGCCACGCGAGCAGCCCAGUGUCCCUCGUCUCACAGCACACCAGGCGGGGCGGGCAGCUGUUGCUCUGCCCCAUUCCAUGCCAGUCGCACACCCACUCUUCAAGUCCACCUAUGCGAACAACAGCAGCAGCAAUAAUGGUAACAGCGGCGGCAAUUGUGGCGUCAGCAGCGUCGCCCACCCGACCAUGGCGGCUGCAGCUGCGGCUGAACCCUUCACCUCCCACGAGCACUUGGCGUCUGUUUUACUCGCUCGACAGCAGCAGCAACAGCAACAACAACAACAAGACGAAGAAGUAAAGCGGCAACAGGACAUGGCGCAGCAUGUGCCUCAAUUGCAUCAUGCGCAAACGGCAGUGCAGUACCGGCCUCCGCAACAGCAGCGGCAGCCGCAAGGGUCUGCGCUGGCAACGCAGGACCCGCCAACAACCGCGCCAUCCUUCCUCCAGGGCUCCCUCAUGCACCUGCUACAGCGCGUGAAUGCGUCCAUGCAGAACCUAGCACGUGCUCCUCCGGCACCGCCGCAGCCGCAGCCGCAGCACACGAACAGCAACGCUGGCCAUUACGUGCGGGGAGCGGCAAGUUGUUCGUCUGCUAGCGACGCUGUGCAGCACGGCGGCAGCAAUCACAGCAGCUCCGUUUGGGACAAUGUGUCUGAUUUGUUCAAGCAGCCGCACCAACAGCAGCACAGCUCGCCGCAGCCUGGGCACGGCGCUGGCAGCACUGAGGCGGGAGCCGUGACGUCAAGCAUGUUGCAGCACCAGACAUCACCUACCAAGCACAAGCACAAGCAUAAACACAAGCACAAACAUGGUCACAAGCGGCGGCGCAAGCACAAGCACGACCAUGCGCAGAACACCAAGCAGGCCCACUCUCUUGACGAACAAUGUGCUCACACGGAUCAACGACAGCAACAACAACAACACAAACAACAACAACAACAACAACAACAACAACAACAACAACAACAACAACAACAACAACAACAACAACAACAACAACAACAACAACAACAACAACAACAACACCAACACCAACAACAACACCAACAACACCAACAACAACAACAACAACAACCGGGCAAGAGAGCCAGCCAAGGGAUGGGCUCCACGAGGGCCUCCAGCGAUGGCACGGACGUUGGACGAACAGUCAGCCCUGACAGCGGCUGUGCCGUCUCGCCCCUGCAGCCGGAGGAUGACGCUACAUCUUCCCCUCCAAGCAACAGCGAUGGCGGCCGUGGUGAAGAAAAUGGGGAAGACCAGAGCAAGGCUGGAUGCACAGCCUCGCUGUCAGCUGCAGAGCCAAAGACGAAGCGAAAGACGAAGACGAAGACAAAGGCAAAGACAAAGACGGAGGCAAAGACGGAGACAGAGAACGGGAUAUCUUCGGCAACAACCGUUCCUACACCGACCACCACCAGCAUGCCCAGCACAACCACCACCAUCAUCACAACUACCAACUCCUCUGUCCCUACCACGAUUGGCACCUGUGAGGGGGAGGGCAUGACUACCGGAGCAAAUGUCCCAGCAAACGUUGAUGAUGAUGCUGUGGUUGCAUCGUCCACAUCUGCAAGUCAGCCAUCAGCCAGCCGGGCGGGGGAUGAGGCAGGCACCGGCAGAGGAAACUUGCGUGGUGCACAUGGUGCUGCCGUUGACCAAAGUGGCACUGGGGCGGAUGUAGCCAGCACGGCGGCCGCUGCUGCCACAGCCAGUUCGGCGCCACUAACGCCAGGCUCGUCGUGGGAAGACACUGAGCAGCAGAGGAAGCAGCGUCCUGGGACUUCCCGUGAAGGCGCAGAGACUGGGGCAGUCACAACCGCGUCUGCAAUGACCACAACAGCGACAUCUGCCCCGGCUUCACCGUCAGCACCAGCAGACGAGGCGACACUCGCAACAGCAGCAGCAGCAGCAGCAACAACAGCUGUGGCAACAGAGCCGCAACCAAGCGUGCCUGUGUCACCGCUGCGGCCGGUUGCCGUUGGGCCGAUUGUGUCAGUGACCAGAUCAACCAAACGCAGCACAGCCAACAAGCAGCAGCGGGACAGGGAAACACGCGCAGCUGCUGUUGAGACACUGAGGAGGACAGCAGCAUCGUCGCCGUCGCUUUCAUCAUCAUCAUCAUCGGCGGCAUCCUCGUUGCGGCCAUUGGCAACGGUUGCCUUGAAAGGAAAGGGGGGUGCUGAGGGCGGUGCUGGGGGUGCUGAUGAUGAUGAUGACGACACAAGUGCCCGCGCGAUGCGAGUAAAGUGGCUUCGCUCCGUGGCGCAGGCAUGGAAGCACGCGUUGCCCACACCGCGUCGCCUGGACGCGGGAACAGAUGUGCGCCCCUGUCUGCUGUGCAGCGGUAGAGGCGACGCAGAGCCGCACCAGGGCGGCCGACUGGUGAACGUGGGCAUGGACAAGUGGGUGCACUUCAACUGCAUCUGGUGGUCUGCGGGGCUGGAGCGGGAGGAGUCCAGUGGGCGCGUGCAGCACGUUAGGCGCGUCUCAGAUGUCCUUUCGCGCGGCAAGCAGUCACGAUGCACCGCGUGCAGGAAGAAGGGUGCCACUGUUGGCUGCCACGUGCCAUCGUGCAAUGCCAACAUGCAUUUUCCCUGCGCAGUUGCACACAACUGCGAGUUCCUUGAGGGGCACUUGGUGUACUGUGCAAAGCACCGCACCACAAGCAUGGAUGUGACGGUGGAUGCGUCGUCGCCGCCCGGAUCUGACGCUGCUGACGCUGCUGCUACUGCUGUGCACGCUCCUGCUACUGUUGGCAGCGUCCAAUGUGAUGAUUCGGGUACUGCAGGUACCGUUGACGCUGCUGCUGCUACUGUUGACGCUGCUGGUGCUACUGUCACAGAGCACACUGACAAGCAGCAGCGGAUCAUGACAGAGUUUGGCGUGCUCGGGUGUGUGGUGUUUGAGCGGGACGAGUGGGCUGCCUAUGACAAGUUCUUUGAUUGUCCGACGGGCCACCUUCGCAUUGGGUCCCUCACCGUGACGGACAUGGGCCGCAUCAUUGCCGCCGACGGGUUUCACACCCGCGACGAGCUGUUCCCGCUCGGCUUCACCGCCGUGCGUGUGAGUUCGUGGCGUGAUGUGUCCUCUGCGCUAUCUCUCCCGCCAUCUUCCUCUUCCUCUUCCUCUUCCUCUUGCGGCCCGUCAUCGUCAGCAUCGACACCAGCGGCGUUCAGGCAUGCUGCCAAGCGGGCGAAAACGGCAAGUGCUAGCCGUGAGACCAAGGAGGGAACCAGCCAGAGCAGCACGCGUGGUGGCGUGUCGCGUGUACUGUGCCAUGUUUCCAUCACCAAGUCUACGGCGUCACGGCACCGGCCCGAGUUUAAGGUGACUGUGAGCGAUGGCAGCGCCACAAUUGUGGACUUCACGUGUGCGACCCCGCUGAAGACAGCUGUUGCGUUCCUGCGCAUUGCCGGUGUGCGGCUGUCGUUGCCUGAGAAGCCGUGUCCGCCAGUGCAAGCAAGAGAAACGGCAGCUGCGCCGACAACAGCGGGGGCAGGCGUCAGCGCCGCAGAGACGGAGACGAACCAGACGGGUGAGAAGAAGACGAAGCAGGAGACGAGGAAGGAAGGCACGAUGCAGGAGUCCACGAAGGAGUUGAACGAGGACACGGUGUCGUCCCGCAAGCGCAUGUUGGAAACCGUUGAUGCCGUGAUACGCGUUAUCUCGACCGCACGCAACAACAACAACAACAACAACAACAACAACAACAACAACAACAACAACAGCGAUGCGGAUGCGUCCUCAUCUGUGCAUGCGUCGACAUUGGUGGAGAAAAAGGCAACAAAUGUGGCACAGCAUGCACAGGUGCACACGCACAAGCCAGCGCAGAUCGCUGGUACAAAGGCUGCCGAACCGCCUGCUAUCGCUGCUGCGGAAGAGGAAGGCACCGCCACUGCCGCCGCCACUGCUGCCGCCACCACCACCGCCACCACCACUGCUGCUGUUAAUGCUGGUCGCGAGCACCGCUUAAGUGACAGUGCGUCCCAUGGUGACAACAGUGCCAACGGCAACAAGGACAAAGACGCUGUGCCCGUGCCGUUUAACGGCCUGUGGUGGUUUGGGCUUGACACGCCAAUCAUGCGGCUGUUGGAGUUUCGGCCUGGCGCUGCCCGCUGCCAGGCGUACCGGCACCACGACGAGCUUGGCCGGCACAACCCGAUUGAGGCUCUGAUGCCGCCGCCGCCGCCACUUGACGUGCCCACGCGCCUGCAGCCGGUCCGCAGCGCCGCCGCCCGCAACCUCGAGCGGCUGCUCACGUAUGCAGCGCGGGAGGUGCCGCACGCCCUGCACCGCAUCAAGCCCCGGCGGCGGCCCACGCGCGCAUACACGGUGGAGCGGCUGCCGAGCGAGCGGAUUGAGGCGCGUGCGCUGGCCAAGAUGCGCAAGAGCAAGCUUCGCGUUGGUCGGUCACGCAUCUCGGGCCACGGGCUGUAUGCGGAGCAGGACUUCAAGGCGGGCGAGUGCGUUGCGGAGUACGCUGGUGUGCGCUUCCGCACGACGCUGGCGGAUGUGCGCGAGGGCGAGUACCGUGACCGCGGGCUUGGCUGCUACAUGUUCAGUGUUGGCAACAACACGGUGGUGAUUGACGCGACGCUGCAGGGCAACUGGACGCGGUUCAUCAACCACUCGUGCGACCCCAACUGCUGCAGCGAGGAGAUUGACAUUGAGGGCCAGCCGUAUGUGGUCAUCUUUGCUCGACGGGACAUUCGCGCUGGGGAGGAGCUGACGUACGACUACAAGCACCAGAUGGACGAUGACGACAAGGCGCCGUGUCUGUGUGGUGCCAUUGACUGCCGCGCUUGGGUUGACAUGCCCCCGCUCACCGAGUGCUGA